AAAAGAAGAAUCAUUUAUUUUGAACAUAACCUAUAUUUUUCAAUCACACUACAAUUUUAUUAUUAUUUUGUAUAGACUAUUUGUAGUUAAAAUUUAAAGCAAAUAAGUGUUUUAAAAAACUCAAUAAGAUGAAGUUUAACUAUAAGUUUCAAAACCUCUUGGGUACAGUAUACCGAAAAGGUGCUUUACUAUUUUCUCCAGAUGGAAAUUCAGUAAUCAGUCCCGUAGGGAAUCGAAUUACAAUAUUCGAUUUGAAAAGUAAUAAAUCGACUACUCUGCCUAUUGAGAGUAGAUACAAUUACGAAGCCCUAGAUUUGAGCCCGAAUGGCUGCACUCUAAUCGCUGUGAAUGAAGAAGGGGAAGCCCAUAUGAUAAGUCUCGUUUCCCAAACUGUUAUUCACAAAUAUAGAUUCAAGAGGAAAGUUAGAUGCGUGAAAUUCAGCCCCGAUGGAAAACAUUUCGCUGUUUGCAAAGAAAAUAAUGUGUUUGUUUUCAGGGCUCCUGGGCCCUAUUCGGGAGAGUAUAACGCUUUUGUUAUGGAGAGAGUGUUUCAUGGAGCUUACGAUGAGACUACUUGCCUUGAUUGGUCAUUCGAUUCGAAAAUCCUAGCAGUCGGUUCGAAAGACAUGGCAACAAAACUGUAUCCUCUUGAAAAAUAUGAAAAUUUCCGAAUAUGCUCUUUGGGCAACCACACUGAGGGUAUAGUCGGUUGUUUCUUCGAAGAAAACAAUUACGACAUUACCACGAUCAGCAGGAACGGUCAAACUUGCAUUUGGGAAUGCAGCAUCGAACCAAAGGAUUUGGUUCCCCUGGAUGUGGCGCCAUUGAAUAAGAAAAAGAGAAAUUCCAGCGAAUCAGACGAGGAUAACGUAGAUGCUACCAAAGCUCCUGAAAGAACAGAAGAGGAGCUCACAAAAGCUUUGAGCGAAAUGGACGUAAAUAGCCAGGAAAAUGACAAGGCGAUUAACAAACUUUUCUACAAAAGAUUAGCGAGGCACUAUCUAGCAGAUGAUGUUAGAAAAGAGAAUAGAGAUGCUAUUCUCACAGCUGCCGGUUAUCAUAAGAAAUCAAAAAUAUUUGUAACUGGUUACUCUAAUGGUGCAUUUUUUAUUCACGAAUUGCCCGAUAUGAACCUAAUACAUUCGCUCAGCAUAUCCGAACAGAAAAUCAGUUCCAUCGCUCUGAAUAACACAGGAGAUUGGAUAGCUCUCGGCUGCAGCGGUUUAGGACAACUGUUGGUCUGGGAAUGGCAAAGUGAAACUUAUGUAAUGAAACAGCAAGGUCACUCCAACAACAUGUCGUGUAUUAGUUACUCCUCCGAUGGGCAGCUUUUAGCUUCCGGAGGUGAAGAUGGCAAGGUUAAAUUGUGGAACAUCCAUUCGGGUUUCUGUUUUGUGACCUUCAGCGAGCACACGAACGCCGUAACGGCUGUUACGUUUAGCGGAAAUAAGAAAUUUUUGGUAUCUUCUUCACUCGAUAGCACAGUAAGGGCUUUCGAUUUAAUCAGGUACCGUAAUUUUAGAACGUUCACCUCUACUAGACCUGUGCAAUUCUCGUGCGUAGCGGUAGAUAGCAGCGGGGAAUUUAUAGCGGCCGGAGGACAAGAUAUAUUCGAAAUUUACCUGUGGUCUGUAAAAACCGGCAGGCUAUUGGAAAUAUUAGCAGGGCACGAAGGGCCUGUGUCAAGCGUAGUAUUCAGCCCUACUUUAGCCAGUACGGUGAUGGUUUCGGCUUCGUGGGAUAAAACGAUAAAAAUUUGGGACGCCAUCGAGAAGGGUUCAUCGCACGAAACCGUCGAAUUAACUUCCGACGGUAUAUGCGUAGGAUUCAAGCCUGACGGGCAGGAAGUAGCGGUGGCUACGCUAAACGGCCACAUAUCGAUUUUCAACGUGAAAACAUCAGAUCAAGUGGCGUUCAUUGAAGGUCGAAACGAUUUGGGAAGCGGCAGAUCGGAAACCGAUUUAAUAACCGCUAAGAAAUCGCUGGAAUCAAAGUGCUUUACUAGUUUGUGUUAUUCCGCCGACGGGGAGUCGUUAAUAGCCGGAGGGCAAUCGAAAAACGUGUGCAUUUACAACGUUAAAGAAGCGUUGAUAAUCAAGCGAUUCGAAAUCACUCAAAAUAGAUCUCUAGAUGCCGUUGAUGAUUUCAUAAACAGGCGAAAGCUAACAGAAUUCGAUAAUAUCGCUCUGAUAGAAGAGAGGGAAGAACGAGAAGGUGGUAACGUAGCGAUCAAACUCCCCGGUGUUCGCAAAGGAGACAUGUCAGCUAGAACGAUCAAGCCCGAAGUUCGCGUGUUUUCCCUGCAAUUCUCGCCGACCGGUCAAACCUGGGCGGCAGCCACCACCGAAGGGUUGCUCCUCUACGGGCUAAAUAACGCGUACAUUUUCGAUCCGUGGGAACUACAAAUAGGCAUCACGCCUACGGCCAUUAGACAGUCCAUAAAAGAUGAAGAUUACAGUAACGCUUUGAUGAUGUCGCUCAAACUAAACGAAUCGAAACUGAUACAAGAAGUUAUCGAAAGCGUACCUGUCAAAAACAUUGGGUUAUUGGUGAGAGACUUGGAGGAGAAAUACAUCCAAAGAUUGUUAAUCGUCGUGGCAACGUUCUUGGAGAAUUCCAGGCAUUUGGAAUACUAUCUUUGUUGGACGCAGCAUAUUUUAACGUUGCACGGGCCGAAAAUUAACGCGCAGAAAAUGCUACCUACGCUGUUGGCGCUCGAAAAGAGUCUGGUCAGGAGGAACGAGCAAAUUUCGAAAAUUUGCGAUUUUAACAAAUACACUUUGCAAUACGUGGCGAAUUUGGGCGAAACGUUUAGCAAAAAAGAUGAUCCUAAAUUGGAAAUGGACGAAGACAGUGACAGUGAGGAUGGUACAACUUUUCAACAAAACUGGGAGGAGGAAAUUGAACAUAUUUUCUGGGUGCAAUUAUUAUCCCAAUCGAAUUGAAAUAUGUUUUGAUUUGUUGAGGAAACAAUCAAAGUAAUCGGUGGUUAAAUUAUUUUAUUAAGCAUCAUUUUUCUACAUUACAUAUUUUGUAUAAAAAUGGACGGAACCCGCUAAAUAUUAAAAUCUAAAAAUAAAUAACGUUCAGGUAUUCAAUUAAUUGAGUUAACAUAAACAAAACUAUUCUUAUUUCGUUAUUAAACGUAUAAAAUGGCAGUGAAUGUGUUCACUCGACAAUAGAAGUUCAUUGAUUAUAAAAAUUUCGGAAAUUCAAUAACAAUUAUCAAUCAUUGGUGCAUACCUACUUUAUAUACUAAUAGAUAAAUAAAACAUUUCAAUAUCCUAUCAGUUUAAUCACAAUUAAAGUCACUAAUUUUUCUAAAAAAAAUGUUAAUAAAUUAAUAUCUACACAAGAUUAAAUGCAUUAAAUGAGUACGAGUAAUCAAUACGCGUCGAAAAUUAAAUUAAAAAGUACCUUACGACCCAAAUAAAUACUACAUGCUCCUCAUCUCUACUUCGGUUGUGGAGUAGUCGACCUCCGAUAGGAUGAAGUCGGCAAACCUAACGCCGGCAAACUGGCAGUGUUCGACAACGUGUUGUCCAAUUUCCUCGCCUCGUGCUCCAGCAGGAGGGCGUCCAACGACGGGUCCUGCGACACCGUCCGCAGCGAAUCGCCCAGCGCCUGCCGCAGCUGCUGCAUCUCCCUGCCCGCCUUGCUGCUCCUCAUCACGUACUGCUGCCGUCGCUUUAUCUCCUGAUUCAGCUGAUCGCGCAGCAAAGUCACCUGAAAGUUAAAUUUAUCCUCUACUUGAGCUCAUCAGACUCCUCGAGCCAGGUUAACCCACUGCUGGGGCGCCGCUCGUAGACCAAUUCGUGACACUAUUAGAAAAUAAACUGACCUGGUUCUCUAAUCUGGCCACUUGUUGUCUAUGGCUCUGUUCUCUGGCUUCCAGCAGCCGCUCGGCUUGCAGCUGAGCCGCUCUGUACCUCUCGAUCUCCGCCCUAUCGAACUUCGAAUCAAGGGUGGGUCUUUGGCUCUUUAUUCUGGCGAUUUCCGCUUCCUUCUCGGCCAAUUCGGCCUCGAGUUGGGAGAUUUUGAUUCGCAACUCCCGGUUCUCGCCGGCGAAUGAUUCGGUCUCGUACUUCUCCGGCUGCUCUCGCUCGUAGGAUUUGCUCCUCACGCCUUUCGUCGCUUGCCUCUCCAUGUUCCGGUUUUCGUUUUCUAAUUGCCUUAUCUAAACAUAACGUCAUCAACUAGAUAAACCUACAGUUUGACUAAAUCUACCUUGUUGUUCAAGGAUUCGAUUUUUCCUCGAAGCUCCUGCCGCUCUCUUUGCACGGAAUGUAGUUGGGCUUUUAGCUCUUCCUCGUGAUGGGACGCCAGGCCCGAGUCUGACGGCCAUUGGGCCAGCCUCAGCUGGGAUUCCAAUCCGGCGCGUUGGACCUCGUUGUUGGCCAGCUCGUUGUUCAGCCGGGCGACUUGGUCUUGGAGGAUUUGGUUGUUUCGCCGCAUCUCGGCCAGGCUCUGCUGGGUGGAUUCGAACCUCUCCACGAUGACGCGUCGCUCGUUUUCGCUGUUGGCUAGUUGCUUUUGCAGCUGAAAGCGCGGAUGGUAACGGAUGUUUCUGUUAGGUUAGCAGGAUGUAUCACCUGUUUGAGUCGUUCGGCUCCGGUGUGGGAGGCCGAUGUGGUGUCCAUGAGGGCUUUUUGCAGGCUCUGGACUUCGGAUUUUAGUUCGGAUUCGCUGGUCGAGGCCUUCUCGAGCGCUACGCUCAAUUGGUCUAUGGUGGAUUUCAAGGAGGCGCAUCUUUCUUCCAGGCUGGCUAUGCAGCGGCUUUGCCGGUCGCAUUUCUCUUGUAGUUUCUACAAAUUCGAUUAGUUUAAUAAGUGUUUAAUUGUUAAUAGGAAGUUACUAACUUGGACGUUUGCGUCUUUUUCUUGUAGCAUCAUUUGUAAUCGCUGAAGAUCCCCUUCUGUUGACAUUCUUUGUAGUUCCAGUUUAGUUGAUCGGUUUUCGAUUCGGUUUAGUUCUUCUUGCAGACUCCUCUUUUCUGCUUCAAGUCUAUCCAAGGCCGCUUUCAUUUUGUC